AUGCCAAUUAUGAAUUUACCUGGUAUGAUUUCACUUGCAGGUGGUUUACCAAACUCUCAAACAUUUCCAUUUCAAUCUAUUAAAGUUGAUUUAAAUAAUCAAACAAGCCUAGAAAUUGGAGGUAAAGAAUUAAGUGAUGGAUUACAAUAUCAUCCAAGUCAAGGUUUACCUUCACUCACACAAUAUAUGAGAAAACAUCAACAAGUAACUCAUCAAUUACCAUCCGAUGAAAACAAACAAUUGUGGGAUGUUAUUUGUACAAGUGGUUCUCAAGAUGGUUUAACAAAAGCCUUUGAAAUGUUUUUAAAUCCAUACAAUGUACAAUUACAAGGCUUGGAUCUUUUUAAUAAUAAUAAUAAUAAUAUUAAUAUUAAUAAUAAUAAUAAUGAACAAAAAGAAGAAAUGGAUAAAAUUCGUGAUGCAAUUAUCAUUGAAAGACCAACUUAUUCUGGAUCAUUGAGUACAUUAUUUACAUUAAAUCCAUUAAUGAUUCAAGUUGAUGUAGAUGCUCAUGGUAUUAUUCCUGAACAAAUGGAAGAAGCAAUUAUUGAAUUUAAAAAACAACAUCCAAAUAGUAUGAUUAAAUUCCUCUACACAAUUCCAAAUGGUCAAAAUCCAUCUGGUUGUUCACAAACUUUGGAAAGAAAGAAACAAAUUUAUGCAAUUUCACAAAAGUAUAAUUUCUUAAUUUUAGAAGAUGAUCCAUACUAUUAUUUGUCUUUAUAUGAUAUUAAUGAUAAGGAAAUGUCGUCAUCAAUUGAAAGAGUUCCUUCUUAUUUAAGUAUGGAUACAGAUGAUAGAGUUUUGAGAUUUGAUUCAUUUUCAAAGAUUUUAAGUAGUGGUAUUCGAUUGGGUUUUGUUACUGGUCCAGUUAAACUUAUUAAUCAAAUUGUUUUACAUAUUCAAUCUAGUAAUUUACAUAGUUGUGGUUUAUCACAAACUAUU